AUGAACCUUUUGAACAUUUCUUUUGAAAAUUUGAACAAUUUGAACAAUUUAAAAGAAUUGGUCUUUAAUAAUUGCGAAGAAAUGAGCGAUGUUCAACGUAAUAUUUUAACUAAAGCACCUUAUAAUUUGAAAACCCUAGGUUUGGGUGAAUGGUCGGCAGAAACGACAGAGCUAUUAAUUAAAACUUUUGGCAGAUCGUUGAAAAAAUUAUUGGUUGGUACCAUCACUACUGAAAUCAUCAACUUCGUUUCAUUAUACUGUUCGGAAUUAGUCACGUUUAAGAUCCUAGGUAAAAUAACAUUUCCUUCUUUUCCACUAUUAAAAAAAAUGAAAAUCCAAAAAUUUGCUUUCUUAUUUUGUGAUUCUUCAUUAAUUGAGCCAACGCUUUUCCUAAAAAAUUUUGCAAACCACUUUCCUGAAUCUUUAAGUAAAUUAGGUUUAUUUUAUGAUCACAUUUUAUCAGCAGAUAAAUUAGAAACUAUUUUAUAUAACACCAAAACUUCUUUAACAUCAUUAAAAAUUAAUUGUGGAAUUGGGAGAUAUUGUCUACAAGUUAUCUUAGAUUAUGUUAAAAUAAGGAAAUCGUUAAAAAUUUUUAAACUUAAUAUGCAAGUAAAUAUUAUUAGCCAUUUAGACAGAAAUGUUAUGAAAAAUCUAAGAGAACAAGGUGUAGAUGUACAAUUAUUAGCUUAA